CUUGUCCACCCAGACGCCGUCAACAUGUUCAAGAUUGCCCUGGUGUUGGCUUUGGCCGCCUGCUGCGUGAGCGCCGCCCCCAAGGCCGGCCUCGCCCCCCUGGCCUACUCCGCCCCACUAGUGGCCGCCGCCCCCGUGGCCUACGCCGCCCCCGCGCCAGCCGUCGUGACGGCGCACAGCUCGCAGUACAUCGCGCAGAACUUCAACGGACUCGCCGUGGCCGCCGCCGCCCCUGUCGUCGCCGCCGCCCCUGCAGUCGCUGCCGCGUACCACGCCGCACCUGCCGUUUAUUUCAGAUAAACAAUUACACGCAACCACUUUAUAAGGAUAAAUAAAAUCAGUUUAACUGAAAUUGGAGUGUUCAUGCUAUUGCUGUUGUAAAUAUUCAUUCACCCUACUUCCUGUACAGUCUCUAGAAUAAAUAGAUAAUUUGACAAGUUACUAAAAC